GGCCAACGCUGCUGCCCGAGCCUCCGCCCACUUUUGUGUGCUGUGUUCCUGUUGUGCCUUUGCCAUCUUUGACCUUGACGAACAACAAACAAACACAAACAGCGAGACCGGUGUAUGUGUUGGUGGUCUCUUCUUCAAGUGAAGAAACGUUUGAGAGGUUGAAGAGGAAGGCGGAGUGGCGACGUUGUUGAUGAACUCGCGCGCGAUCACACCGAGGCACAUCGAAGUCAGACAGCGAGCCAGUACCCAGCUUCACGAAGAGGACAUCAUGGCCGACGUGGAGCUCGUGCGCAUUGCGGCCAACAAGUCACUGCAUCAGGCUGCACGUGAAGGCGACAUUGAGAUCCUGGAACAGAUUCUCGCCUCCCAGCAGGAGCGAGUGUCUCUGUCAUCACAGCUCUCUUCCCGAACCACUGCCAGUGCAUCGGUACCCUUUAUCGACCACCAAGAUGACAGUGGCAUGACAGCCCUGCAUUAUGCCUGCAGGAACAACUGCGUGGAUGUCAUGCAGAAGCUGCUUUCGCGCGGUGCUCAACCACUCGUGCAAGGCGAGGAUGGCAUCACGCCCCUCCACCUCACUGCCAAGUACGCAUCCCCGCCGACGCUGCAGACGUUCCUGACGUACUUGCCGGAGGACACGAGUGUUGCUGAGAUUGAUGACGAAUAUGGGCAGACGCCGCUGCAUUACGCAAGCCAGCGCAGUGACCCUUCGUGCCUGGAAGUGCUGCUGCAGCGAAACUGCGAACCAAAUGUCACAGACAAGGCAAACGCCACGCCCCUGCACAACGCAGCCCAAGAGGGCAGGCUCGAGAUUGUGCAGUUGCUGGUGAAGUAUGGCGCAAACCUCCUGGCACGCGACGGCGAGGGCGAGACACCGUUGCACCAUGCGUGCAUGGAGGGACACGUGGAUGUGAUUGAGUUUCUCCUGCAACAGGCAGAAAACUCCGAAGGCGAAGCGACAGACAUCGUCAACAUUGCUGACAACCGCGGGCUGCAGCCGUUGCACGCUGCCAUGUACUCUGGCAGCAAGGACACAGUACUGCUGCUGCUGCAACACAACGCCGACCCCAACGUCAAGACACACAACUCCCGGCGCACACCGCUGCACACCGCUGCCCGCCACGGCCACCUUGACGUCGUCCAACUCCUCGUCAGCCAGGGCGCUCGCACGUCUGUGCGGGACGUGAAGGGGCAGCUGGCCAUCCACCGCGCUGCCGGGUACGGCCGCACAGCCGUCCUCGAAUACCUCUUCCAGGACAAAAUCGCAAAGGAGCGGUUUCUUGAGGCGCAGACGCGCCAGGGCCACCGCCCGCUGGCCCUCGCUGCCUCGCACGGACACGUCGACACCGUCAACCUCCUCCUCGACCUCGGCGCCAACCCAAUGAUGAAGGACAAGGUUGGCAAGACGCCGCUGCAUCUCGCCGUUGAGGGCGACCACUACGACGUCACAAAAGUGCUCAUUGACCGUUGCAGAGCAGUUUCGGCGCGGCCGUCUGUGAAUCCGCUCGCCGAGAGCACAGAGGACGGGGACGAGGAGGGCGAUGACGACGAAAGCGACACCCUUUCCCUGGGCGGGACGACAGCGCUGCUUGAGGCCGCUGACAAAUACGACACGCGCCCGCUGCACAUUGCAUGCGCCCUCGGCCACAAAUCCAUCGCCCGCCUCCUCGUCGACUCCGGGUGUCAGCUCGAUGUUGUGGACGACUCUGACCAGACGCCGCUUCAUCUUGCCGUCAAGAACGGCCGAUAUCAAAUCGUCAAGCUGCUGCUGCUGAAGAAAGUGCAGCUGGUGGCUGACGAGGAUGACAAGGCGCAGACACCGCUGCAUCUCGCUGCGCAAUGCGGUUUCCACCAGAUCAUGGAGCUCCUCAUCGCCAACGGCGCGAAUCUCAACGCCGCUGACGAUUUCCACCAGACGCCGCUCGCAGAGGCCGCAGCGGCGGGCCACUUGAAGUGCGUGACGGUGAUGCUUGAGAACGACGCCCACAUUGACCCGCGGGACAAGUUUGGAUCCACCCCGCUCCACGUUGCCGCAAAGGCUGGGCAUGCGAAGAUUGUGCAGCUGCUGCUGAGCCGCGGUGCGAACAUUGCACACCAGGACAAGAAGGGCAACACGUGCUUGGAUGUUGCAGCCAUCAACAAGCGCGUCGACGUUGCCAAGACCAUCCUCAACCAUUCCCACUGGAUGCGCGUUCUCAAGCGCAGGGUGAAAGAGGAACACAUUGCCAACGGCGCUGAGCGGCGGCUGCUUGGCUCCACGCCCUUCAAGCAACUCAUCGUGCACCUGCCAGAUGUUGCUGCCGUUGCCCUGGACAAGUGCGUGACGACCAACGAAGUGACGCCAGACCACGACGAUUACACCGUCCACUACAACUAUGAGCUGCUCAUGGAGGACCCUUCCCUCCCAGGCAAGAGUGCGCUGUGGUACAUGACGGUGCUGCUGCGAGAACCCGUCCUCAUGCACCCCGUCGUCUCCCACCUCCUCCGCCAGAAGUGGCUCUCGUUUGGCCGAUUCGUGUACUACCUCAAUCUCUUCUUCUACCUCAUCUUCGUCAUCUUCCUGACGGCGUUUGUCCUCGACAACAGAAUUGAUGAACCGAAAAACUUCUCUGACCUCAACCCCAUCUCCAAGGUUGCGACGUGGGUGGUGAUGUUGUACUGCUUCUACGGCAUCGUCAUCACGGAACUGCUGCAGCUGGUGCAACUUGGCCUGGAGUACUUCAACUGGCGGAACAUUCUCGAUUGGGGCGUCUACAUCUUCUCCCUCAUCCUCGUGAUGUACCCGCUCAUCAACGUCAACAGCACAAACGACACCGCCCACUGGACCACCGCAUGGUUUGCUGGGAGCGUGGCCAUCUUCCUGACGUGGAUGAACCUCCUUGUCUUCGUGCGCCGUUUCGGUGGCCUUGGCAUCUACGUGCUCAUGUUCACAGACACGCUCGCAACUGUCCUCAGGAUGAACAUCAGCGUCAUGAAUCUGCUCAUCGGUUUGGCUGUCGGUGACAUUGAGAAGAUCAGCCAGAGCGCAAACGUGAACCGCCAGGCCAUCAAGUCGAAGUAUCUUCAGGCUGCAGAGCAGUGGCUUCCCCGCUCCCUUCGGCAAAACCUGCGAUCGUUUGAGACUGUGAAGCCCAACAAAGGCAAAGGCAAGGGCGGGCUGCUGAGCCUAGCUGCCUCUUUCCUUGAUGAGAAUGUUGGCUUUGACGACUCAAAGGCCGCCAUGACCGAGGAGGGCGUUAUCGAGGAGGUGCGCGAGCAGACAGAUCUCCUUCGUGAAACCACCCGCGAUGCCUUUGACGAAAUCAAGGAAGUACAAAGUCGCGCAGAUGCCUCCACGCAAGCACUCAAGCUGCUUUCCAAACGCCUGCAGCAGCAUGUUGACAACGCUUAGACACCCCCCACCCCCUCUCUCUCUGAAACGCGACCACAACAACCACAGCAACCGCAACCACGACAUGUGUCGUUUCAUUUCUCUGCUUCUGUUGUUUCAAAUCAUUGUCCCUGCAAGCGCGUUGGUUGUUGCCCCACCAACAUUGUUUGCACGCUGCUUCGUGAUCCGCGUUUGAUUGUUUGAUUGAGGUCGCGCUUCCUUUCGUUGUUGUGUUUGUGUUGUUUGUUGUGGCUGUGUGACAUGCCAUACUUAUCGUUGUUGUUGUUGUGGUGACAGAUGCAACGUUUGCCAAUAUUACCGUCAAGUGACAUCAUGUUCUCGAGGCAACACUUUAUGCUCGCGUGCAAGCACCGUCGAUCACAUCAUCCCCCG